ACCGCAUAAUUAAUCGCAUCGAGUCGCUUCUCCUUUCGGCCCGGGAGAUAAUGUCCACCGACGCACCGAGGAUGCUGAACUACGUUGUGGGGCACGCGACCCACGGAGAUUCGUUCUACGGCUGCUUAAACCCGAAGGCGACACUCCGUUCUAGUAGCGAAGUUCGCCGUAUACACGACCUUUUUAAAACUACUUUAAUCGCUUGGCUUUGCACCGAGCUAUACUAAUUCCUUCACCCAAAUCUUUCUUUAUACUUAAGAGACGCGGAAUAUCUACUGGACUAUACUUGGGUUUCCAACUCUCGUAUCACUAAUCUUAAUCUGCUAUACGGAACACGACACGGUCUCUAGCCUUCGCGGACGACAAUUUUAGCUUCGCAUAGACAUGGAGAGUUCGAGGCAAUCGCGACCUCAGAGGGCAUCCAGAAGUCGGUCAAGAUCCCGACCACGGCGAUCCGACAACGCACCACUACACCGUAUUCUGUCCAGCCAAUUUCCGGAUGAUCAUUCCGUAUACCACCAUGAAGAUGGAGAAGGAAUUCACGUCGACUCUGAUGCCAGUUCGUUGCACAAGACCGAGACUGAAAGAAGAGAUGCAAACACGGCCAGUAGCGACGAUGACGACAGUGGCGAUGACGUAGACGAGAAGGAAGCAAAAGAUGAUACCACUCACGAGGAAGAGACGACUUACGAAGAGAUACGAGGGGGUAUUCCAUAUGAACAUGAUGUUGAAGCAUCACCACCAUUGGAAAAGAAGAAGUCUACGCGGUCGGUCAAAGAUCCGAAUCUGGUUACAUGGGAUUCAGAAAACGAUCCUAGUAAUCCGAAGAAUUGGUCUAUGAAACGGAAAUGGGCAGCGACCCUGAUUGUUUCCUGCUUUACCCUUGUCUCACCAAUAUCGUCGUCCAUGAUAUCGCCCGCUCUAAGUAGCAUAAGUUCUGACUUCGGUAUCACGAAUGAAGUCGAAGCUCAACUCACCCUGUCCAUUUUCGUCCUAGCAUAUGCGAUUGGACCGCUAUUCUUGGGCCCUUUGUCUGAGAUCUACGGCCGCGUUCUCGUCCUACAGCUAUCUAACCUAUUCUACUUGGCUUGGAACCUGGGUUGUGGAUUUGCUCAAACGUCUGGUCAGCUCAUGGCAUUCCGAUUCUUCAGUGGCCUAGGCGGAUCUGCGCCGUUGGCCAUUGGUGGUGGCGUUCUUAGCGAUGUUUUCCUGGCAGACCAGCGUGGCCGAGCCAUCUCAAUCUACUCUCUAGCCCCGUUGCUGGGUCCUGCAAUUGGUCCCAUUGCUGGUGGUUUCAUUUCCCAAAACACGACAUGGAGAUGGUGUUUCUACGCCACCACCAUCUUCACCGCAAUGGUUCAAUGUUUCGGCUUCUUCUUCCUCCAAGAAACAUACGCUCCCAAGCUCCUCGAGUGGAAGCGAAACAAGCUACGCAAGGAGACCGGCAACCAACAACUACACACAGAAUUCGAUAGCCCCGACCGCACGCUUGCAACGACGAUCAAAAUCGCCAUGGUGAGACCCUUCAAGCUGCUCGGUACCCAACCCAUCAUCCAGGUGCUUGCAUGCUACAUGGCUUACCUGUACGGACUCAUGUACCUCAUGCUCUCCACCUUCCCCAGCUUAUGGGUCACGCGCUACGGCAUGUCUACGGGCAUCGGUUCGCUAAACUUCAUCUCCAUGGGCGUCGGUUUCUUCCUCGGCACGCAAAUCACCGCUCCGCUCAACGACGCUCUCUACCGCCGCCUAAAGAAGCGCAACAACGGCGUCGGUAAACCAGAAUUCCGUGUUCCUAUCAUGAUUCCUGCAUCGCUGCUCGUUCCUAUUGGCCUCUUCUGGUAUGGCUGGAGUGCACAGGCUCAGGUCCAUUGGAUUAUGCCGAAUAUUGGUGCUGCUAUCUUUUGCGCUGGUGUCAUUAUAGGGUUUCAGUGUAUUCAGACGUAUCUUGUGGAUAGCUAUACGAGGUAUGCGGCGAGUGCUAUUGCGGCUGCGACGGUGCUUAGGUCGUUGGCCGGAUUUGGGUUUCCGUUGUUUGCGCCGGCCAUGUAUAAUAAGUUGGAUUUUGGAUGGGGGAAUAGUGUGCUGGGGUUUAUUGCACUGGCAUUGGGUGUUCCGGCUCCGUUCAUGCUGUGGAGGUUUGGCGAGAAGUUGAGGAGUACUAGUAAAUUCGCGGCUGGCUAGAGCCGAGCGUGAGUGUGGAAGAGGAUAGUAAUACGUAAGAGUGGUAUAUAAGAAAGCUACAAUUUUCUGUAGCACAGCAAGCCAUGCCAUG